UCUGACUGGACUCUUCCGCCAGCUGCAGCCUUCUCAGCCAGACACCAACCAAGGAAAAACCACUACCAUGAGAAUUGCAGUGAUUUACUUCUGCCUCUUAGGCAUUGCCUACGCCCUUCCGGUUAAACACCAGGCUGAUUCUGGCAGCUCUGAGGAAAAGCAGCUUUACAGCAAAUACCCAGAUGCUGUGGACACAUGGUUAAAGCCUGACCCAUCUUACAAGCAGAUUCUUCUAGCACCACAGAAUGCCGUAUCCUCUGAAGAAACUGACGACCUUAAACAAGAGACCCUCCCAAGUAAGUCCAGUGAAAGCCAAGAUCAGACAGACAGUGUGGAUGAUGAAGAUGAUGGAGAGCAGGUGGACAGCCAGGACCCCAUUGACUCAGACGACACGCACGAGGAUGAUCAUACUGAUGACUCCAACCAUUCCAACGAGUCUAACCAUUCUGAUGAAUCUGAUGAACUGGUCACUGAUUUUCCCACUGACGAUCCAGCAACCUCAGUGUUCACUCCAGCUGUGCCCACAGUAGACACUUAUGAUGGCCGAGGCGAUAGUGUGGUUUAUCGGCUGAGGUCAAAAUCUAAGAAGAUCCCCAGAUCUGACAUCCAGCAUCCUCAUGCCACAGAGGAAGACUCUAUCUCACAGAUGGAAAGCAAGAUGUUGGAUGAUGCGCACAAGGCCAUCCCUGUCAUCAGUAGCCUAAAGAAGCCUUUUGAUUGGGACAGCUAUCAGCAGGACAGUCGUGAAACCAGUCAGCAGGAUGAUCACAGUGUGGAAACCCAUAGCCAAGAGCAGUACAAAGUAUAUAAGCUGAAGGCAAAUGAUGUGAGCAGUGAGCAUUCCGAUACAAUUCAUAGUCAAGAAGAUUCCAGAGUCAGCGAUGAACUUCACAGCCGUGAAGACAAGUACUAUCCAGACCCUAAGAGUGAGGAAGAAGAUAAACACCUGAAAUUUCGCAUUUCUCAUGAGUUAGAGAGUUAAUUUUCUGAGGUCAGUUCAAAGGAGAGGAAAAAAAUACAAUUUCUUACUUUGCUUUUGGUAAAUUGGAAAAAAAAACCAGUAUGGGGGUGGGAGAAAAUAUGAAAUGUUUAUUUCUCAGCUUAUUGGGUGAAUGUAUAUGUACGUGAAUCUGGAAAUAGAUAAAUGUUUUUGAUCAUUAGUUUAGUUUGUGGCUUAGUGGUAACACAUUUGUGAGCUAAUGGCUGCAGGGUUUGGCCUGUGUUCUUUGCCUGUAAGAAACUGUCACUGCAUUUUAAUGUUUGUUAUGCUUUUAUGAAUCGAAUUUUAUGCAGAAGCAAACAAAACACCUUUAUGCACUUAUAAAAGAAAAUAUUACGUUUUAUGUCACUAUAAUCUUUUGUUGUUUAAUUUAGUGUAUAUUUGGUUGCGAUUAUUUUGUUUUUGUGAAUAAAUCUUAUGUCUCAGAUGUAAUGAGAAGUUGAUGGUGUCAGGUGCU